AUGUUAUUACGGGCGGCGAUAAAUCGUCGCUUCGAGUGCGCACUGUGCGCCGGCGGCCAUUACAUCGACACGUCAUCAAUUAAAGGGCGUCCUCGGUUCUAUUCGGGGAGCGAGCGACGCGCGACGCCCGAAACGGCUGACCCACUGCGACGCGCGCCCCGCCGCAAUGAGGAAGAGCGGCAAGGGCGCGCGCGCACCGGCCUUACUACGCCCCCGGGAGGCGACCGAGUGAUGAGCCGCCGGUGCGUCGUUCGGUGGCGCAAGCGGUAUUGGCGCAUGAAGCAUCGCGAGGAGACGCCGCGGAAGGCCCGAAGGAAGCUCCGCGAACGCGCACGCAACAAAUUAGAGGCCGCUUUAUCAAUUGGGUUCGACUCACACAUGGCGGUGCGCCGUGACGGUGCCGCGGCCGGAACCCGCGCCUCCCGCGGCUUCGCACCGCCGCUGCUAAUCCGGGCCGGGGCUCCGCCUGGGCCGACGUGCCAGCCGCCCGCCCGGCGGGAUUACACGCGACACGUCCGCUUGGGGCCCGUGUCGAUGUUGCGUCACUCGGAGUGCAGGGCGUUAAGCCAGGUGAGCGUGUCAACGGCUGCCGGGGCGCGCUUAACGAGCGGCGCUAAUCCCGCCUGUCAGCGUUCGCCCUUCCGGCCCGCGCCCCUCCCCCGCCCCGCCGCUGGGGCUUUGGGA